AGAAAAAAAAGGGAGAGGGAGAGAGGGAGAAAGGGAGAGAGAGAGAGAGUCAGCGUUCAUACCACGCUGUACCGGCACGCGUUUCCGCCAUUGAAGACCCCUCUCUCUCCUCCUUUUAAAUACCCUCGGCUCCUCUCUUCUCUCUUUCCUAACCUCCCAAAUCGCAAAAAAUCGCCCGGAUCUGAAGAUCUUAGGCGAUUUCUAGGGUUUCCCCCUCUUCGGUCGCAUUCCUUGGCUGGAUUUGCUCGAGAUUUGCUUUCUUUUCCAGGCUCUGCUUCUUAUCAUCUUCGAUCCGUUGGGAAGAUUUCCGCGAUCCGUUAGGAAUUCGACGGAAAGGAAGGAUUUUUUAAAGGGAUUUUAGGGUUCUUCGCCCUAUUUUUCUAUUCUAGUAUUUGCUGUGGAUUCAAGAUUGAAAUCCGUUGGGAUUUCGUGAUUUCCGGGGAUUCUGGAUUGGAUUUCUAGGAUAGCCGCUCCGAUCCGUCGGGAUUUGAGGGAUCUUGGGUUUUCUCGCUCAGAUCUUGCGAAUAUCUGAAGAGAAGGCGAGAGUUUACAGCUUUUCGUGAGGGAUUUGAGGAAAAAAGAAGGGAUUUUGGGUUGCUCUUGUUCGAUCUGCAAGGGAAGGGAUUCUAGGGUUUCAAUUUGAAGGAAAGAUUGGAUUUUUAGGGUUCUUUUUGGAAAGAAAGAAGAAGGAAUUCAAGGUUUUAUUUAACUCUGAUGUCCUCCACAACGUACACUUCCUCAGCGGCGCCUUCCUUCUGGUGCUACCGCUGCAGCCGUUACGUUAGGGUCUGGGGCCGUGACUCUGCCGUCGUCGUUUGCCCUGACUGUGACAGUGGAUUCGUCGAAGAGAUUGAGAACCCUCCUCGCUCUGCUCCCCGGCGCAGGUUCCCAUCCGCAGCGAUGUACAUGCUUGGUAGCAACCGGCCAAAUUCUGACCGGAACGCAGGUUUGCGCCGCGGUCGGCGCAGCGGAGGGGAUCGUUCCCCUUUCAAUCCGGUCAUUGUCCUCCGUGGCCCAGCUGAUGUGGGUGGUGCUGCUGACACCGAGAGGGGCAGCUUCGAGCUGUACUACGAUGAUGGUGCUGGCUCUGGCCUCCGUCCGUUGCCCACUAGCAUGUCGGACUUUCUGAUGGGGUCCGGCUUCGAUCGACUCCUCGACCAACUGGCUCAGAUCGAGAUCAACACUGUUGGGCGCUGCGAGCACAAUCCUGCUUCGAAGGCAGCUAUUGAAUCCAUGCCCACGAUCGAGAUCUCUGAUACCCACAUCAUCACUGAAUUGCACUGCGCUGUCUGUAAAGAGCAAUUUGAGCUAGGUUCUGAAGCCCGCGAGAUGCCCUGCAACCAUAUCUACCACACGGAUUGCAUCCUUCCCUGGCUUUCACUGCGGAAUUCAUGCCCCGUCUGCCGCCAUGAAUUGCCCUCUGACAUCCGUGGUAGAAGCUCACCUGAAUCCGAAAGAUCCCCAGGUGAGCAGUCUCCAGCUGCCAAUGAUGAGGAGACGGUGGGGCUGACAAUAUGGAGGCUCCCUGGUGGUGGGUUUGCAGUAGGGAGGUUUUCUGGUGGGAGGCGGGCUGGCGAACGUGAGCUCCCAGUCGUUUACACGGAGAUGGAUGGUGGUUUCAACAACGGUGGCAUGCCAAGGAGGAUUUCAUGGACUGCAAGCGGGAGUCGGACAAGAGAGAGUGGCGGAAUUGGCCGGGCAUUCCGUAAUUUCUUCUCCUUUUUUCGGCGGAUCCGGUCGAAUUCAGAGUCUGGGUCUACUGCCAGGACCCGGUCGAUGAAUUCCAUCUUCAGCAGAGGUUCCCGGAGGCGCUCCAGGGCUUGGGCAUUGGAGGAUUAAUGGAUUCUUCCAGAGGGAGAAAAAGCACGAGAAGGCCUUGUUUUGCCAUAUGGGUUUCAUGUUUGCUCUCAUCUUGAGGCCGAAAAGGAUGGAAGAAAGAUCUAUAAAAUGCAUGAUUCUUAAUUCUACUGUAAAUAGCAAUGACGAAAAGGACCGAAGAAGAAAGAAUUUCAGCAUUUUCUCAUUCAAAUUCUCAGUUUAUGGAUAUGAAAGAACAACUGCUCGUAUUCUUAUCAGAUGUGAUUUGGGGCCUGAAAUAACUCAGGAUGAAGAAAUUGUUGUUAUUAUUCUCAGAUGGGAUCUGUGGGCCUCAAAAUAUCUAUAGGAGAAGAAAUCGAAGAUGAUGAUGGUCUAUGCAGAAAUUGGAAUUUGAGAAGGUACAUUCGAUGCCCUUGUGUGCUCUUCCUAUCUGCAAACAAUAUGUUACUGAACAUUCAUUUCAUUUUACUAUACACUUCUUGUAUGAA